CUCUUGCACACGUGCUUUCUACCCUUCGCGGCGCCUGCGUGGUAACAGGCUGGUGUCGGUGCCCUUAGGAGGCCUUUCUCACCUUGGCUCCCGCUGUCUGCGCGAGCCGGUUUGUGCUCAGUAUCCGGUGCACACGCCUUGCAAGCGACGGCGCCAUGAGUUUGUCUUCCAGUUCCAGCGUACGAGCCCACUCCAUGCUGGGAAUAGACAACUCUCCUCUGAGGCUGAGGCUAACCAGAUUAUGCAGAACUUCCUUCUCUCCAUCAUUGCCUGGAGCUGGGGUAGUUGUUAAAGCCUUGGGUUUCUGAGGACUCCUAAAAGCAACACCAAAGAAUAGAUGGCUUUCGAAUGGAUUGCAGCAGUCACCAUUGCUGCUGGAACAGCUGCAAUUGGUUAUCUAGCUUACAAAAGAUUUUAUAUCAAAGAUCAUCGCAAUAAGGCAAUGGUCAACCUUCAUAUCCAGAAAGACAACCCCAAGAUAGUACAUGCUUUUGACAUGGAGGAUUUGGGAGAUAAAGCAGUAUACUGCCGUUGUUGGAGAUCUAAAAAGUUCCCAUUCUGUGAUGGGGCUCACACAAAACACAAUGAAGAGACUGGAGACAACGUGGGACCUCUGAUCAUCAAGAAAAAAGAAACUUAAAUGGACAGUUUUGAUGCUGCAAACCAACUUGUCAUGAUGUUACCUGAUUGUUUAAUUAGAAAGACUACCAUUUCUGUCUGAUUCACCUCCCCUGGGUUCUAGAUGUGGUAUAUUGCAAACAGUUGCAAAUUGCAGCUUUCAUAUUCAUGGCAUUUGCCUUAUUUGUUGAAACAUUGUGGUGCAAAUUUGUUUUAAAAAAAAAAAAAAAAAAAGGAAAAAGUGAAAAUCAACUUCAUGGCCUGUGGGUUAUUUUGGUCUUGUAAGGAUCCGUUUCUUUAAACAGUAACAUUAUAGUUGUAUCUUGAAGUUACCGUAUUAAAUUAUUCUCAAAAUCA